AAAAAUGCAUUUUAUUUUCGAGGCAUUACAUCGAAGACCUUUAGAAUCAAAAUCAUUAGCUAGAGCUAGAGGGUUCACAGCAGUUCUUAUGUCAUGUUGUUUUCUCGCUUAUUUUGGUUACUUGUUAUAUCAGAUCUACGCUGAUCAAACAUUAUUGCUCAUCUCCACAAGCAAUAUCCCUGAUACAGGAUAUACAUCACCAGAUAUUGAGAUGUGUGUAGUAGGUAGUGAUUUCGCCAUCACUUCUUGUGCACUGAUCGAUAUGGCAUAUAAUGAAACUGUCGUACCUGGAUGUGCCGGUUUUAUUAAUCCAGGUUCAUCCGCUGUCUAUGGAGAAUGGUGUAAAGUCUUUCAAGCCAAUGAUAGUCGAGUGAUGUUUGGAACCGAAGGGAACAUGAAUCUAGUACGUAGAGUGGAUAUUUAUUGGUCUAUCAAUAACGUUACAGCAGUCAGUGCUUCUAGUCUUGCUAUGCCUAAUGUAGCCAUCACUACUUAUGCUCAAGAAUUUUCUCCCUGGAGAAUAUCUCCUUUUGACAUACAACAAUUGUUACCGGAACAGAAAGGUACCUGGAAUAGUCUUCAGCUUCAAAAAUAUGUUUCUACUUCAUCUUUAAAUGAUACGACGAUGAUCUACUUUGAGCCCUCACGUUAUCGCGCAUUGAAACGAAAUGCAUUAUCAGUGAUUGGUUUGAAUAAUACCUUUUAUGAUAUUGAUUCCAUUCAAACCAAUCAAUAUGCUUGGGAACUCAAUCAUCUAUCUCCCGAUUUUGAAAAAUAUGGAAAUUAUCAAGGUCAAUUUGGAUUGGCAUUAAAAACAAGUAAUUUUCAAGUUCAGACAGAACAAAGACAGCACACGGUAUUAUCAUUAUUAGCUUUAGGUGGUGGUGCCUAUGGCGCAAUGACAGCAUUGUAUAUUCUUUUAUUUGGUACACCACGAUUAACGCCAUUUGGAGUCAGUCAUAAUUUAUCCAUGUGGUUCUACCGUGGUCGUAGUAAAUUAUCACGAUCGAAAAAUCAUCAACAACAACAACAACAGGAAAAUUAUUACGAUACGCAUCAUAUAACAAAUGAAAAAACAAUAGCAAUAGAUGAAGAAGAUUUAUUAUCAUCCACUCGACCACCUUCCGAUUCUGAUGUUUAUGAAUUAAUGUAUCAAGAUUCAAAGCCAUUACAACAAUCAUCAUCCUCAUCAUUGGAACGAACAGAAACAAAUAGACAAUUAGAAUCACGUGUAGAAGAAUUAGAAAUGAUUCUACGUGAAUACUUUUUAAAUGUAGAAUAUUUGGAUGCUUUAAGGUUGAGACGACAAGAAGCAUUACCAGUAUAUCAACAAAAUCCAUCAAACCCAACACCAACACCAAGAAAAUCAAUAACAGGAAAAGAUUAAUUAAAUUAUUUUAUUGUAUAAUAAAAAAAUAAUACCCCCCUUGGUCUAAUUUUC